AUGCAACUGGAACAUUUAGAGCUGGCUGGUUGUGCCCUGGACCGGUAUAUUAGUGCUGAUAAUUCGCGCCCUUCUUUUUUAGAGAUAACUGGUAUAGCAUCUUUAAGAAGUCCAACAUGCAGCGGUUUAAACGCAGGGGAUUACCGAAACCUUGCCGCCCUGGUUAAUCACCCGAAUUUAUCACAGUUAAGGAUACUAAAUAAAGUUCCUCUUCCACCUGAAAUUAUGGAACACUUUGCCCAUAUGCAAUGCCAUUGCUUGAUGGGAGUUUUUCCUGAAAUCAGCAGAGUCUGGCUUGCAAUUGACAGCAACAUUUAUGUUUGGGCCUUUGAACAUGGCAGUGAUGUGGCUUACUUUGAUGGAUUAGGAGAGACCAUUGUUUCUGUGGGCCUAGUCAAACCGAAGUCUGGAGUAUUCCAAAACUUUGUAAAAUAUUUAUUAGUAUUAACAACUACAGUUGAAAUUGUAGUCUUAGGUGUGACAUUCUCAUCAAGUAAAAGUGAUGGUCAAGGUGAAUUACAAGAAAUUCAAUUAGUCCCAGAACCAGUAUUUGUUCUACCAACAGAUGGUAUAUCUAUGAUGUGUGUGAAGUCCACAGCUAACGGUAGAAUCUUCAUGGGUGGAAAAGAUGGAUGUUUAUAUGAAAUCACAUAUCAGGCUCAAUUAGGUUGGUUCGGAAAGCAUUGUAGAAAAGUUAACCAUUCAACAAGCACUCUAUCAUUCCUGGUGCCAACAUUCCUUAGUGCAGCUUUGUAUGAUGAGGAUCCCAUAGUGAAGAUUGAAGUAGACAAUUCCAGACAUAUACUUUAUACAUUGACAGAAAAAGGUUGCAUAGAAGUGUUUGAUUUGGGUGAUGGUGAUGGUUUGAGUAGAGUUGUAAGACUUACUCAAGGAAAGAUUGUCUCAUCAGCGGUAGACAUUGUAAAAACUCUAGAGCCCAGCAACUUUAAACCUGUCGUAGCAAUAUCAGCAGUAGAUGAAUCAGAGUCAGAUCACUUGAACUUAGUUGCUGUUACACAAACUGGUGCUCGGUUGUAUUUUACUACUGGGAGUGGCGAUGCGAGUCAAGGUGGACCUUUAAGGCCUCAGUACCUCACACUUCUGCAUGUGAGACUACCGCCGGGAUUCACACCUAACUCUUCGGUAUUAAAACCUAAGCAAGUUCAUAGUGCUGUCUAUGAGAAUGGAUCUUUAGUAAUGGUUUGUUCAUCGGGUGGUGGAGGUGAAGCUGAGACGCUAUGGUGUUUGUCUCGUGUACUCUCAGCGGCUACUUUCAGCGAAGCACAUACAUUGUUGGCACUUGACGGACCUGCUUGGGCACUUACCGCGCUACCCAGCCAGCACGCAAAACAUCUCUCAGAGGCUAUCCUAACGAAAAAAGAGGUGUGGAGCGUGUCUCGUUGGGCAGUGGUGACUGGCGCCGGUGCGUGUGUGGUAGAGGCGGGCGCAGCGCCAGACUUGUUGCGCUCGUUGCUUCGCGACUGCAGGGGACCAGAUGCUCAUCAAGUCAAAGACUUCUUUCAGCUAUAUAGCAUCGAUCAAGCCUGUGCAUGUGCCUUAUUCCUUGCGUGUGAAGAUAUCAACAGUGGUGAUCUUUCCAUCAGCGAAUGGGCGACGCGUGCUUUCUUCCUUUACGGCAGUCAAGUAGCACCAAAUGCACCAACUCCAAACAUGUUCCAACAGCAACCUUCACAAAUGCCUUCUAUAACAUCUCCAAAAUUUUCGCCGCGUCAAAUGUCUACACCCAUGUCUAUGAGAGGACCUCAAGGACAAUUCCAGCAAGGGAACUUUAACCAAUCCUACCAAAUCGCCUCACAAAAUCAAUCGUUUGCUGGGUCACCAAAUCAGUCCAUAAUGCCACAGUCCCCAUUCCACCAAAACAUGAUGAGCCCUAACUUUAAUCAGUCAUUGUUCGUCGGCAAUAUGUCACAACAGCAGAGAGAUCCAAACUUUCACAUGCAAGUAGAAUACAGUGCAAAGCAUAAUGGCCUUUAUAUUUAUGUUGGUAGAAUAUUAUCUCCUAUUUGGAAUUUGAAGUGUGUAACAAUGUCACAGACACCCGAUAAUAAGGAAUUUAUGAGUAGUAAAGUGACAGGCGAGGAUUGUGCGUAUAUUGUACAGAAACUGCAGCGUGUGGCCAGCUUUAUGCAAUGUACGCUUGCACCUCCACAUUCCGAAGAACAUGCCUCAUUACAAGCCUUAAAAUUGUUUAUAACAUUGGCGAUAGAGAUGCUAAGUCUUUGGAAGGUGUUGUGUGAGCAUCAGUUCCAUGUGAUAGCUGCUAGUCUACCGCCCGAACAACAGAAUGCUUUACAGGCCGCUAGUUUUAGGGAGCUUUUUGUAGGUGGACAAGAAGUAGCUUGUCUUCUACUGGGAUCUCUAGUAGCAGGGUAUUUGAGAGACAAUGCGUCGGUUGAUGGAAUUUCACAAAAACUAAGACAGCUCUGCCCUACACUCUAUAGACAAGAAGAUGCCACUUGUUCUAAGGCCAAUGAGUUGCUGAUAUUUGCCAAACAACAGAAGAAUCCUUCUGAGCGAGAAGAAAUGCUGCAGCAUGCAUUGAAAUUAUGCAAAGACGUAGCGCCUAACGUAAAUCUUCCUUUAGUGUGUUCGAAAUUAGUAUCAGCUGGGUUCUACUCGGGCGUGGUAGAACUGUGUGUAGCCUGCGCCACUAAAUUAGAUCCUCAAGACAAAGCCGUGCAUUAUUACAAGAGUGACCAGCCUUCGCAAGAUAGAGAGGGACAUUUUAUUUAUUAUAGAAGAAUGGAGAUAUACCGCGAAGUGUGCUCAGCACUGGAGCGAUUGUACGAACGGAGCGCGGAGACUUCGACCAGCGAGCCAUCGCCAUUACGUUCACAGCCCGCACCCGACGAUAUCGCCAUAUUAACGAUAUCGCCUGCCGACGCUAACUAUCACGGAAGGAAAUUAGUAUGGGAAUGUUUGUCUCGAGACGAUGAGCUUCUUCACGUUGCGGUUUAUGAGUGGCUUGUCUCCAAACAAUUAGGAUCAGAGCUGCUGUCGCUGGGCACGGCACCGCCCGCGUCCCUCCGCACGUACCUGGCGGCCGCCGCGCGGUCCGCGCCGCCCGCCGCCGCGCUGCACCUGCUCGACCUGCUGUGGAAGGUGCUAGAGAAGAGCGGGGACCACCUCGCCGCCGCCAACGUGCUCGAGGGGCUAGCCACUAGGCCCGGGUCGGGCGCCACGCUGGCGCAGCGCAUGACGUGGCUGUCGGCGGGCGUGGUGUGCGUGCGCGGCGCGGGCGCGGGCGGGGCGGGCGGCGCCGAGCUGCUGCGGCGCCUGGAGGAGGCGGGCGAGGUGGCGCGCGUGCAGGCCGCCGUGCGCGCCGCCGCCGCCGCGCUGCCGCGCCCUCUGCAGCCGCACCCGCACCACCUGCAGCGCCUCGACGACGAGCUGCUCGAGAUCACGCAGCUUUACGAGGAAUAUGCAGAUCGUUACAAUCUUUGGGAGUGCAAACUCGCCAUCGUGCAAUGUUCUGGACUUAACGAUGCUCUACUCGUUGAAAAUAUAUGGAGUAAUAUAUUAUCCGAAGCAGAGGCCGCCGCCAGAAGUCUUGCCACUCCCGACGAAAGACUCGGCUCUGUACUUAGCAAGCUCACCACACUCGGAAGAGAAUAUGUCAACACUGGUCACUGUUUUCCGCUAUAUUUCAUCGUCCGUCAACUAGAAAUAAUGAGUUGUAAGCUACAAGCAGAUAAGGCAAUGGUUUUUAGAACAAUUUUAAACAUUGGUGUCUCGCUGGAGCAGGUCCUGGAUAUCUAUAUCAAGCUGGUGAGCCUAAGCGAGCGCGUGUGGCUGGGCUGCGGCGAGGAGAGCCACGUGUACCGCGUGGCGGCGCUGCUGCUGGAGAGCGCCCGCGCCGAGCUGGCGCCGCUGCCGCCCGCCCCGCGCCGCCGCGCCCUCUCGCGCUGCAAGGACCUGCACGAGACCGCGCUCUCCGCGCUACAGGCACGACCGAAUACACAACGUCUAGUCGAACGUUUAUCAGUGGCGCAGGCGCAUCUAGAUCGUAUGGACUAA